UAUAAUCCCUUCCAUUUCCAUUUCCAUUUCAAUUUCAAUUUCAAUUUCAAUUUCAAUUUCAUUUUAAUCUCAAUUUUUCAAUUUCGAUUUCAAUCUGAAUUUCUCUCUUUCACGCCCAAAUACUCCCUACCGGAAAAUUUACAUAUACAAAGGAAACAAAACCCUAACUCCGCCAUGGGCGGCGGCGACGGCGACGAUUGGGUCUCCCAUCGGGAUCAUGGACGAAGCUACGACGUCAACGGCAAGAUCAUGCUCUCCGCCAUUAUUUCGCUCUCCUUCGUCGUCCUCCUCGUCACGCUUCUGCAUAUCUACGCCAGGUGCGUGCUCCGCCGCCAGGCGCGGCGGCAGGCCGCCCUCCGCCGCCUGGGCUUCAUACUCCCCAGCUCCGCCGCCGCCGCCGCCGACCGCCCUAAGACCGGCCUCGAUCCUUCCGUCAUUGCCGCCUUGCCCGUCUUCGUUUUCAAGCAAGCCGCCGCCGGAGUUGAGUGCUCCGUCUGCCUGAGCUCCAUCGACGACGGCGAGAUCGCCCGGACUCUCCCAAACUGUAAACACACUUUCCACGUCGACUGCGUGGACCGGUGGUUAGCCACGAACUCGACAUGCCCGAUUUGCCGGACCGCCGCCGAGCCGCGGCUCGUGGCGGAGUCGAGGGAGGCGAUGGUGGUCUCCACCGCCGCUCCAUCGGCUCCGCCGUCCGAAGGCCCGUCGGACGGCUCGUCGGCGGCCAAAAUAACCGGGCCUAGUUUGGGUCCGGGUUCGAGAUUGAGCUCGUUUAGAAGGAUGCUUAGCGGAGAUCAACGGUCGUCGAGAAGGGUCCAAUCGUGCGGCCACGAUGAGCUCCCAUCUGCAGAUAUUGAACGGCUGUGAUUGCAUCAUCGGGGAGGUACAACUGUCAUUGCAGCGCUUUCGCUGUGUUGUACCAUGGAUGAAGGAAUGAAAGAACGCCGUAUUCACACAAAUUACAACAAUACGUAACUAAAAGUAAAUUACAGAUGAGUAAAAAUUACAUUUUUUACUAAUAUAUUUAAAUAUUCCGAGUUUAUUAUAUUUGAAUAAUUUUAUGUAUUUUGGAAGUUUGUGAGGCUUACUUUGCACAUAUUUCUUCAUAAUUAUUCUUCAAACUUUGCAAAUAAAUUAAAUUUGCUGUUAUUUUUGAAUUACGUGAAAU